GCGACCGAACCGCCGUCGAGUGGUUAAUUUCGCUUUAAACAACAGCGCCGAAAAAUAAAAUCCGGCUUUCCCGCUUUUUUUACAUCUUUCCGCUGCGAUUUAUGAAGUUGGACGGCGCGAAAAAAAUACUACACUAUUCUAAAACCCUUCUACAAAUGUAUUUGUAUGCUUUAAACAAAUAAAACAAGAACCAAACAGUACUGUUUCUACUGUUUCUACCCUUCUACAAAUGUAUUUGUAUGCUUUAAACAAAUAAAACAAGAACCAAACUACUGUUUCUACUGUUUCUCUAACCUUCUACAAAUGUAUUUGUAUGCUUUAAACAAAUAAAACAAGAACCAAACAGUACUGUUUCUAUUAUACUGAGCAAUUUUGUUAUGCAUAACAGCGAAAAAUCAAUGCAUCGGUAAUUUCUGCGAAAUCAAUCAAAUUCGAAACGCGUUAAUUGCGAUUCACAUUAAGCGUAAAUAAUGGACGUUGUGCUUACGUGUCCAUCUUGAUGGUAUUCUCCGAUAUAUAACCUAGCAGGUUAUAUUUCUUUCGUCGGUGUGCCGGUUAUUUCAGGUGAAAGUCCUCUUCGAGUAUUUUACGGUAGGUGUAUUGUGUUAUUCGGUGUUCUUGAAUUCGCGUUGGCAUUCGACCGGUCAGUCAAUGUGUAGGUAUAACGUGGUGUGGAUAACGUUUGUAUGAUCGGCGCGGAUUUGCUUUUCACCGUAUUGAAACACCCGGCAUUCCAUGCUCUAACGGCCCUGCUGGUGGUCGGUUUCUUGACCGCUGUAUCUCUGCUCAAGUUCUACGCUUACGUAACGUGCGGAUACUUCCACGAAAAGGCCGAAAUGAAGGGCAAAACGGUGAUAGUGACGGGAGCAACAGGCGGCAUCGGCAAAGAAACGGCCAGGGAGCUGGCGAAAAGGGGGGCGCGAGUCCUCAUCGCCUGCAGGAACGCCGAAUCGGGCGAAAAAGUCAAAGAGGAGAUCGUGCGAUCGACGAAAAACGAGCAAAUCGUCGUGAAGAAAUUGGAUUUGUCGUCGUUGAAAUCGGUGAGGGAAUUCGCGGAAGAUAUCAACAGGACCGAGCAGAGGUUAGACGUGCUGAUACACAACGCCGGUACCGCCGAAAAUAAAUUCAAAAAGACUGAAGACGGUAUUGAAGUAACGAUGGCUACCAAUCACUUCGGACCGUUCCUGCUUACCCAUCUUUUAAUCGAUCUUCUCAAGCGGACGGAAUCCUCGAGGAUAGUGGUCGUGGCGUCGGAACUGUACCGAUUGGCGUCGUUGAAUUUGAACAACCUGAACCCUGCGAGUUCCUGGUGCCCGCCUUACUGGUACUACGUGUCCAAGUACGCGAACAUUUGCUUCACUUUGGAACUGGCCAGGCGAUUGGAAGGUUCAGGAGUGACAGCGAAUUGCCUCCAUCCAGGCAUGAUCGACUCGGGUAUCUGGAGGAAUGUGCCGGUUCCGCUCAGCUGGGGAUUGCAAUUGAUUGUGAAAGGUUUCUUCAAGACUCCGCUGCAGGGUUGCCAAACGUCGGUGUUUCUGGCGUGUUCUGAGGAAGUGAAGAACGUUACUGGGAAGUAUUUUAUGGAUUGCAAGGAAAAGGGGUUGUCGAGUGGAGCCACGGACGUCUCGAAGGCUAAAAAGUUAUGGGAAUUGUCCGAGAAAUUCGUUAAUCUCAAAAACACCGAUCCCAAAAUUUAAUGUUUUUUUUUUUACGAAUUAACUAAGUACUUAUAUGUAAUGUUAUGUGUGCAAGUUUUUAACGUAAGUGUAAAUGAAGAUUUCUUAAAAUUGUUUUUUUAUUAUUAAAUGGAAAAUCCC